AUGCAGAGUCAAUCAGAGAAUGUCAAUGUCAACAACCCAAGAGUUACGAACACAAAAAGCCUGAAUCUGUGCGAAAAAGUGGCGCCUACAUCAUCCGUGGCUUCGACAAUUUUAACAGGAACUGCUUCUUCAGUGCCGUUAUCCAGGUCUUACUGUGCAUUCCCCACCUGCGUGUUCAUUGCAUGAAACUGAAUGACUAUGAUAAACCACUCACUAAAGCAAUAAAGGAACUGUUCAUCGAAACAAGUCUGCCCCGGUCUCAGAUUGUGACGAACGUUUUCUAAAUUUGUACUACUGCUUUUGUGCCAAAUCCCCCCAAUUCGGCGAUGGUCAGGAUCAAGACAGCCAAGAGUUUCUUGUUUGCUUACUUCAGAGACUGCGAGAGGAAGAAGAAGAUCUGGCUCAGACCUUUCCGAAUUCACCUCCUCUCUUGGUGCAUUCGAUCUUUGGAGGCCAGGUCUUGAAUACCACAUCUUGCCCUAUGUAUAACUGUAGGUACACUAAUGAACAUGACGAGCUUUUUCUACAGAUAUUACUACCAAUCCCUGUUACUGGUGACUUGAGUCGUGCUUCCAUGGUUGGCAAUAAGGAUGCCGCAGUGUCCUUAAUUACUUGCUUAGACCAGUAUAUAGAGUUGGAAUUUCUCCCUGGUAGGCGCUGUGAUCGUUGUUCUUGCAUGGGUGGGAAUAAAAGUAUUCGAGUUAUUCGUGCUCCUUUGAUUUUGACAAUUAGCUUAAAGAGGUUUAACGCGGAGAAUAAGAAGAUAAAUGACCAUAUUAUCUUUGAGGAGACCUUUGAUCUACGAGCAUACAUGGACGACAGGUAUGUCGGGGGUGAUAUGCUUGAAUAUCACCUCAUCGGUGUUGUGGUGCACGAGGGAUCAGUGGAUACAGGCCACUGUUUUGCGUAUGUGAGAGGCGAUAAAAGUGGAGGUAGUGAAGAAGAUAACAAAGAUUUCACCUAUUGUUUAGAUGAACUGGGAGAUGAUAAUGGAGAUGUGGAAUCAAUACGACGGGAGAUUUCAGGAUUAAGAAAAGAAUUACAUGAUGUCAAAGCUUAUGCAGAGUCAAUCAGAGAAUGUCAAUGUCAACAACCCAAGAGUUACGAACACAAAAAGCCUGAAUCUGUGCGAAAAAGUGGCGCCUACAUCAUCCGUGGCUUCGACAAUUUUAACAGGAACUGCUUCUUCAGUGCCGUUAUCCAGGUCUUACUGUGCAUUCCCCACCUGCGUGUUCAUUGCAUGAAACUGAAUGACUAUGAUAAACCACUCACUAAAGCAAUAAAGGAACUGUUCAUCGAAACAAGUCUGCCCCGGUCUCAGAUUGUGACGAACGUUUUCUAA